AUGACCACUCUAGACAAGCUUCAAGAGAUCAUUACAAUCGACACUCUUCGCAACGACGGCGUUCCUUCUGCCUCAGUAGCAAUACUGCAGGAUGGCAAGAUCACAGCACGCGUAGUGACGAACCACAGGGACGAUACAGAUACGGUGUACCAAGCAUGUAGCAUAUCCAAAGCCAUCACUGCAGUAGCAGUGGCGAAAAUGGUUGACGUUGGCCACUUCACAUACGACACACUCGUUGCUCAGCAUCUUCCAGAGAGCACCUUGGCUCACCUCGCGGGCCCAGGAUCUGCGAACUGGAUUGAGCAGGUGACUGUUCGUAUGCUGGUGUCACACACAUCUGGUCUGUCGCAAGGUGGCUUUCAUGGAUACGUUCACCACCCACCGACGGCCGAGUGUAUCGUGUCUGGCAAAGCACCGUCCAAUACACCAAGGAUUCGAUUUGAUACGUUCCCUGGUGCUCAAUUCAAUUACUCUGGAGGCGGAUUUACUGUGUUACAAAUAUUCCUGGAGACGAUCAUGGAGAAAGACUUCGCCACCUUGAUGAUAUCUAUGGAGACUUGCCACGUCAUGAAGCAAAACUAUGCUAUCGCGUACAAGACGGCGGAUGUUGUGGCGAACGCACCCUAUCACAAGUUUGCAGAGUUGGCUGCUGGAGGCUUGUGGACAACGCCUAGCGACCUUUUGAAAGCGAUCUCGGCUGUACAGCAGUCACUACCAUGCACCUCAGGGUUCUUGAAACAAGAUACCGCGAAGGAGAUGCUCACGAGUAUAUCACAACCUGGUUCUGACGGAGCAAGGAGGAUGGCACUUGGCUGGGGAUCGGAUGAUAACGUGUUUGCUCACAGAGGCAUGAACUUUCCAGGAUAUCAUUGCUAUGCCUUCGGGUCGCAUGGUGGUGUUGUCAAUAGUGACGGAUCGAACCCGGUGAAGGUUCCUGCGGGAAAUGGUAUUGCUGUCAUGACGAACGGGGAGCUGGGCUGGGACGUCGCGACCAAGAUCGUGAGCGCGAUAUACCAUCUCAAGGGUUGGCAAAGGUUUCGAUCUUUGCCGAGCAUGUAUGGAGAAGAUGACUAUAUCCCAGCGAUGGCUCUAUCGAGCAUCUCGUUGGACUCAGACUGGAAAGACUGGUGUGGUGACUGGGAAGGGAUGUGGGCGUUGCUUAAUGCAGAGGGACCAGCUAUCUCGUUCAAGGGAUCUGAGCCUGUGCCGCUGAGGCUUGCAGCAGCGCCAGUCAGUUUGCUCAGCAACGGAAUGGCCGAGCACAUGUUUGUCGCUGAGCAUGUCAGGGUGGCUGUUCGACUGACUUGGGACGAAGAAGACCGGGUUCUCGAGAUUAUACAGGCGAACUCGAAGACUGAACAUAGAAACCAGCAGAAGAAGUAG